CUCUCUCUCCCUCUCUCUCUCCCCCCUAGUUUCUUCUCUGCCUCCAUGUGGACGGUGUACCUGGGCAAGCUGCUCCUGGGCCGCAGCGCCCCUGCGGAGGAAGCCCUGCGCGUCUCCCGCCUGCUCCUGCACCACUACUACGACGCAGAGACGCACGACUACGACCUGGCGCUGCUGCGUCUGGAGCGCCCCGUGGCCCCGUCCACCCUGGCCCGGCCCGCCUGCCUGCCCUCCCCUGCGCACCUCUACGAGCCGGGCCUGCUCUGCUGGGUUACGGGCUGGGGCACGCUCAGGGAAGGAGGUAGGGCCAGUGAUAAACUGCAGAAGGUGGAUGUGCGGCUGGUCAGUCAAGAGGCCUGUGUCCGUUCCUAUGGUUACAUGGUAACUCCCAGAAUGCUGUGCGCUGGCUACCGCAGUGGAGGGAAGGAUGCGUGUCAGGGUGACUCUGGUGGUCCUCUGGUGUGUCAGGAGCAGUCCCAGUCAGCCCGCUGGUUCCUGGCUGGUGUGGUGAGCUGGGGACGAGGCUGUGCCCGGCCAGACUACUACGGCGUCUACACGCGCAUCACCAAAUUCACCAGCUGGAUCACAGAACACAUCAACUCCUAAGGCCCACCUCCUCCACCCUCACCACCCCCUCCUCUUCCUCAUCACCUCCUCGUCACCUUCUCCUCCUCCUCACCUCUUCCUGCAUUCUGAGAAAUUAUGACAAAUAUGGACGCUUCUGCGAAUCUGUUAUCAGCUAUCAGGUUUUUUCUCUAAAUUGGACAGCAAGGCAAGUUUAUUUAUGUAGCACAUUUCAUACAGAGACAAUUCAACGUGCUUUACAUACAUGGGGAAAAAACAAUGUGAAAAAUACAUAAUGAAAAUAAUUGAAAUGAAAAGAUAUUAUGGAUAUAUAUAAAUAAUAUAUAUUAUGGAAUUAAAAUGAAAGUACGUUAAGUAGUAAAUAAAAGACUAAUAAGUGAGGCGCAGUAAGAACAGAGUUUAGAGCUCAGUCAUACGCACAGGAAGUGAAAUGUUUUUAACCUGGAUUUAGAAUUGGCUUAAUUUGGGGCCCAUCUAAGAUCCUCUGCCAGUUUGUUCCAGUUGUAUGCAGCAGAACAGCUAUAUGCUGCUUCAUCCUGUUUAGCUUGGACUCUGUGAUCUACUAGCUGACCUGAGUGCAUGGAUCUAAUUGGUGUAUAUUCUUUAAACAUAAUAUAGAUGUAUUCAGGGCCUAAUUCAGUGAUUUAUAGACUAAUAGCAGCACUUUGAAUGUAUCAUAUUCUGUAACUAACUGGAAGCCAGUGUAAAGAUUUCAGAGCUGGAGUGAUGUGCUCUGUUCUCUUGGUUCUGGGUCAACCUCGAGCAGCAGCAUUUUGAACGAGCUGCUGCAGUUUAAAGGUCUUUUUUGGGCAGACCAUUACAGUAGUCCACUAUACUGGAAAUAAAAGCAUGGAUGAGCUUC